AUGGCAGACGAGGACUCCAAGCUCUUCGAUCAGUGUCGCAUCUGUAUUGUGUGCUCACUUGAUCUACCUUUGGAGACUGCAGAACAGCUUGCAGCAGUGAUUGGAGAAUAUGGCGGCGAACCGUCAAUACACGAGUCCAGCCCCGAGAAAGAAGAUACUAUCGAGUGCACCCAUAUCGUCGCGAACAACACCCACUUCCACACCUACGAUCUCGCUCGCAAGACCCUUAUUCCCGUGGUGAAGCCGUCUUGGGUGCAUAGCUCUCUAGCGAAACGGAAAGUGGCCAACCCCCGCCAACACAGCCCCGAUCCGCGCCUCUUCCUUAGCGAUGUGGUCGUGACCUGUGGUGAUAUUCCUGAAGGCGACAAGGAUGCGAUUAUCGGCGGCGUGGUGGCCAAGGGUGGAUUGUACAGCCCUCGAAUGACUGGAAUGGUCACCCAUCUGGUGGACUUGACGGUGGAAUCGGACAAGGCGCGAUUGGUACUGGCGAAGAAACUGAAGGUGAAGAUUGUCCUGCCACACUGGUUCGAUGACUGUCUAAAACUCGGUCAACGCAUUGAUGAACGCCCGUACACACUCCCAGACCCUGAAAUCUUGCGCCCAGAUCUUGAUACUCCCAUUCGUUCGAAUGAGAAUAAGGGUUUGGCAGGCGCAUCCACCCCCGAACCAACCGCAAUGCCUACACCAUCCAGUACUGGGGACCAUUCGACUGUUUUUGCAGACAAAUCUAUCAUGCUCUCACCAGAUCUGGGCAUUGGAUCACAUAUGUUGGAAUCGAUCGAGGCCGUGCUCAGACAAGGUGGCGCUACCAUCACAUCCAAGGUUGAUGAUGCGGAUUGGUUGGUGUGCCGAUUCCGAGAGGGCUUUGUGUACAGGACAGCAUCCCGCUUGGACAAGAUUGUUGGAAACCUUGCCUGGCUUUACCAUCUCAUGACAUUUAACACUUUCACCCGACCAUUGAGUCGACUCCUGCAUUAUCCCGUGUCGCGCACGCCGAUACCUGGAUUCGAAGGGUUGAAGAUUAGUCUUUCCAACUAUGUUGGCGAGGCGAGAAUUUACCUCGAGAAUUUGAUUGCAGCAGCGGGUGCUGAAUGCACCAAGACCUUGAAGCAGGAGAACACGCAUCUGAUCACUGCUCACGGGAACAGUGAGAAAUGCAGUGCCGCACGAGAAUGGGGACUACAGGUGGUCAACCACUUGUGGUUGGAAGACAGCUACGCUGCAUGGAAACUGCAACCGGUGUCUAACCCCCGCUACAGCUACUUCCCGCCUCGGACGAACCUUGGCGACGUUGCUGGACAGAAAAUGCUGGAUCGUGACGUUCUUGAGAAGAACUUCUUUUCUACAGAAGAUAUGGAAGAACCUUCGAGUCCUCCUCGUGCUAUGCGGGCUAAAGACCAGAACACGGCGACAAUGCAACCCCCCGCUGAGAAGCCUCACAAGGAGGCCGAAAAGCUUUCCGAGACUGCACAAGACACUCCCCAGGCGAAGGCCAAGACCACUCGUCGGGCGCCAGAGAACAAGCAGGCACAGACACCUGCGCGGUCUAGGCUGAUUCCCGACGACAAGGAGAAUGAGACUCCAUCUUCGACCAGCAGCCGCAAGUCUAAAGACGCAGCAACUGCUCGGCUCCAUGAGAUCGCCCCCGACAUUGCUCUGUACGAGAAAGAGAUGAAGCGCGUUGGUGGUGUUAUCUACGGGGGCCGACGAAAGUCCGAUGAGGAUCGUGUAUCCAACAAUUCAAAGAAGCGCCGCUCAGCCGAGCCACAGGAUGAGAGCGAUGGCGAACAAGCGUCGGAUGCCAAGCGACAGAAGAAGUCCCGGCCACCAAUUUCUAUGCACUUGAUGAUUACUGGCUAUCAAAAGUGGGUUGGCAAGGGAAAUGAAAAGAAAGAGGAUGCCGAUAAGCGCCAUCUCCGAGAUCUCGGGAUCAUGGUGGUCCAGGACGCCCGCCGAUGCACUCACUUGGCCGCGCCCUCCAUCCUGCGCACCGCCAAAUUUGUUAAUGCAUUGGCCUAUGCGCCAGUGAUUAUGAGCACCGAAUUUGUUGAUAGCUGCCUCGAGCAGGACGAGUUGCUCGAUCCGAAGGACUUCCCACUCGUGGACAAGAUCGCCGAAUCAAAGUUCCACAUCUCUCUUGCCAAGUCCUUGGGAAAUGCAAAGAAAAACAAGAACAAGCUUCUGCGCGGCUUCCGUGUCUAUUGCGUGGAGGAUAUCCGCGGAGGCUUUGAAGCCUUCAAAUCGAUUGUAGAGGCAAACGGUGGAGAGUGCUUGCUUUUCCGUGGUCGUCUCGCACUGAACAAUACUUCUCGACGGGAGGAAAGCGACGACGAAGAUGAGGAGAUGCAGGACGAUGAGCCAGCUCGCAGCGAGGCUUUCCUUCUCAGCGGCGCCGAGCGUAAGCAUUCCCGACUCUGGCCUCGAUUCCGUCAAUUGGCCGGCGAUGUCAAGCGGACUCCUCGGAUCGUGCGCGUGGACUGGUUGCUCGACAUGGCCAUGUCACAGGAGCUGCGGGCAGCGGAUGAGUACGAGCUGAAUGAGAGCUUGAUUGAGGAUGCAGACGAGUAG